AUGCAGCCUGAACUGCAUGUUAAUACAAAUCUGUACAAGAAACCGUUUCCAUCUUUUGGAAUACCAAAUAUUAUAGGUUACAUUGGUUACGAAAAUAUCAUGUUUGCAAAAACCAUUCAAAACAAACAAGUUCAAAUUGAUUUAAAUCUUCAUAUAGAUAAAGUAAUACGUAAACCCCCUGAUUUGGAUGUAAAGUUAACAGACUUAUUGCAGUUUUUAUUGCAACAGGAAACACGGUUAAAGCUUGAUCCAGUAACAGUAAUCGAUAAUGCCAAAUUUUUUUGUUAUCGUGGUUUAAUGACAUGUAUUGCGUGCACUCCAUAUGAACGUAAAGAUUCUUGGAGGAUUGUAGGUGUACUUUUUAAAGGAAAUAUUUAUUUAUGUGCUAGAGAUACUGAAGAAAAGAAAAAAAUGAAGCAGAAUAUGACAAAAAAAGAGCAACAGUUCACUUCCUGGGGAUAUAAGUUUGAACAGUCAGUUUUAUCAGAAAAACCGAAUUUGGAUCCUGAUCCAAAUAAGCCUGUAGAUGAAAAUAAAGAGUUUUCAUUGGUCUUUAAAAGUCAUUUGAACAAUCAUAAUAUUGUGUAUGGUGCUGAAAUGGAUGGAAUUCGUUGUGACCGAAGUUCAGUGGAUUCCCCACCAGAUUUGAAAUUUGGAUAUGAAGCUAUUUUAAAAUACUUGUCAAAUAAAGAGUUCAUAGAAGUUAAAACAAACAGACACAUAGAAUUUCCAAAUCAAGAAAGAAAUUUCAGAUUAUUUAAAACAAAAAAGUGGUGGUGUCAGUCAUUUCUUGCAGGUGUAAACACUAUUUUAUGUGGAUUUAGAAAUGAUGAUGGCAUUGUUGAAGAGUUAAAAGUCUUUGCAGUAAAUGAUUUGCCGAAAAUAUCAUCAAAAUUCUGGGACCCGAAUGUUUGCUUUAAUUUUCUAGAAACAUUUUUAACAUAUGUUAAAAGAUGUUUCUCCAGGGAAAUUAAACAGAAAUAUGGGCAUGCUGCUUUAAAUGACAUGCAGUCACUUCCUCUAAUAAGUUUGCAUUUUGAAUGGAAACCAGGUUCACCCGUUCAGGUAACGGACAACUACAUCUAUGAAGACGAUCCUAUAUUGCCAGAUUGGUUCGUUGAAAAUUUUGGAAAAUAUUCACAUAUUGCUAGAUAA